CUGUUAAAUUCUUUUCAAUUUCUUACCACACGCUUUUGAUUAAUAUUUUAUUUUUCAUAUAUUGGUAAAAAACCCUAUUGUGGCUAUUAUAUAUACUUUACAACACUAAAGAAAUGUAUUCUAGUGAUGACUACAAUGAGGGUGGAUAUGAGUCUUAUGGAGACUAUGAACCGCAUACCGGUGACCCUCAAUACGAUCUGGAUUAUGAUCGAUCGUACUACAAAAUGCCAGACAUGGUCAAAAAAUUUCUUGUCUAUUUCCGGAAUAUGAUCACUGAAGGAGUAACAUAUGAGAUUUUGAAUCUAUAUGAGAAUACUUUUCCAAAGCUCACUGAGCAAUAUUUUGAGAGCACCCCAUGGCCGGAAGAAUCGGAAGUUGCCCCUAUUGUGGAUAAUGAUCAUGUAUUCAUGAUCUUAUACAAAGAGCUGUACUAUCGUGACAUUUAUGCUCGUGUCCCUGGUGGUCCCAAGCCUGACCAGCGAUUCCAGUCAUUCUACAACUACUGUGACCUCUUCAAUUACAUCUUAUCUGCAGAAACACCUGUACCUCUUGAAUUGCCAGACCAAUGGUUGUGGGAACUGAUUGAUGAAUUUGUUUAUCAGUUUCAGUCAUUUGCACAAUAUAGAUCCAGAACAUCUAAGCUGAGUCCAGCUGAGAUUGAGGCCCUGAACACAGAAAAUAAAGCUUGGAAUGUUCUGUGUAUACUCAAUGUGCUACAUUCUUUGGUGGACAAGUCCAAUAUUAAACGACAGCUGGAGGUGUAUGCUACUGGAGGCGACCCUGAGUCUGUGGCGGGAGAGUUUGGUCGGCAUUCAUUAUAUAAGAUGCUGGGCUACUUCUCAUUAGUAGGCCUGUUGCGCUUACACUCCUUGCUUGGCGAUUAUUACCAGGCUAUCAAGGUAUUAGAAAACAUUGAACUGCACAAGAAGUCGCAGUACUCCCAUGUGCCGGCGUGCCAAAUUUCGACGUCCUACUACGUCGGAUUUGCUUACAUGAUGAUGCGUCGUUACUCAGACGCCAUCCGUACUCUGUCGUCGGCGUUGCUAUACAUGCAACGCACCAAACAGCUGUUCUCUUCGCGCUCGUACCAGAACGAUCAGAUCAACAAGCAGACUGAACAGAUGUACCAUCUGUUGGCCAUUUGUUUGGUACUGCAUCCCCAAUGUGUCGACGAAUCCAUUCAGCAGGUGCUUCGCGAGAAGAACUAUCAUGAGAAGAUGUUUAAGAUGCAGUAUGGUGAUUUGGGUGAAUUCGAAAGUUGUUUCACUUUCGCGUGUCCCAAAUUUCUGUCGCCUUGCCCUCCGCCCAUUGAGCCGGGCUCCAACUAUGGCCGUGACGCUGUUAAACAUCAAACCCAAGUGUUUAUGGAUGAAGUCCGUCAACAAAAAAUGUUGCCAACCAUCCGUUCAUACUUGAAGUUGUACACGACCCUGCCACUGGCCAAGCUGGCCGCUUUCAUGUCGGCGGCGCGCGGCGGCGAGCGUGAUGCUGCCAGAGAACAUGCCGCGCUCGCCAUCCACCUGUUGUGCUUCAAACACAAAAUGAAGAAUGUCGUCUGGACUAAGGGCCCUAGUGGACUUGAUGGAAAAUUCCAGAGCGGGUCUGAAUUGGAUUUUUACAUUGACAAUGACAUGAUUCAUAUCGCCGAUACGAAGGUGGCACAUCGCUAUGGCGACUUCUUCAUUCGGAAACUUCUCAAAUUUGAAGAGCUCAACCGAAAGCUACAUCAUUUUAAAAUAUAAUAUAUCUUAAACUACAUAUUUGUAAUUACAGUAAUAAAACAAUGUA